UGAUCAUUUUUCCUUUGGCACUAUUCGCAACAAGUCCAAUGGUCCAUCUAUCGCGCGCUCUCGCUCUUGCGGCCAUCGUUGGUAUCGUCGUCGCUGACAACUCCAAGAUCCACCCCAAGCUUCUCCAAAAGCUCGAAGCCGAGACCAUCGACGGCAUUACAAUCGCGAUCGAGUUCAAGGGCACGGCCGAGGAGGUGCUCGUCAGUCCAAAGUUGGAGUCGGCGUCCAUCGAGUCGCGUGCAGAGCUCGCAGAGGCUGUCAAAUCGGUGCUUGAAGAUCACGCAACUUCCGUUCAAGCCAGUGCGCUCAAGCUCCUCGCGAGCUCGAAGCUCGAGUCCGCGGUCGAGCACUCGUCGUUCUGGAUCAACAACGUCGUGUAUGCCAAGGGUGUCUCGCUCGAUGUCAUUCAAGCCCUCGCCAAGCUGCCCGAGGUCGCCUUCGUC